AAAGUAAACCUUCAGAGACUCAACAAAUAGGCAUAGGCCAGUGUUGACUGACUUUGAACUUGAGUCUUGAAACUGGAGACACAUUUAGAAGAUAUAUUUCCCAUCUACAGGUUUAGAGUAGGCCUAUAUGCAUAGCAGCAUCUGCUUCGACAAGACUACCAUAUUAGCUGUUAAAUUCAAUGGAGGAGUUAUCAUUGGGUCUGACUCAAGGGCAUCGAUGGGAGGGUCAUAUGUAUCUUCCAAAACAAUAAACAAGCUCAUCCAGGUCCAUGACAGGAUAUUCUGCUGUAUUGCUGGUUCCUUAGCUGAUGCACAGGCUGUUACCAAAAUGGCAAAGUUCCAGCUAUCUUUCCACAGUAUCCAGAUGGAGUCUCCACCCCUUGUAAAGGCCGCUGCCUCAGUCAUGAAAGAACUCUGCUACAGUAACAAGGACGAACUUCAGGCAGGCUUCAUCACUGCAGGCUGGGACAGGAAGAAAGGGCCACAGGUGUACACUGUCUCCCUGGGUGGGAUGCUGCUCAGCCAACCUUUCACCAUCGGUGGGUCGGGAAGCACCUACAUCUAUGGCUACGUUGAUUCCAAGUACAAACCUGACAUGAGCCGUGAGGAGUGCCUACAGUUUGCCACCAAUGCGAUUGCUCUGGCCAUGGGAAGAGAUAAUGUCAGUGGUGGUGUGGUGCACUUAGUAGUGAUCACAGAAGAUGGAGCCGAGCAUGUGGUCAUCCCUGGAGACAAGCUUCCCAAAUUCCAUGACGAGUAGAAACAUUAAAAACUUAUCAUGGUGUCAUGGUAUUAUUAUGCAA